CACAGGGAGGACAUUGUGGACUGCGUUGAGGAGGCUGUGUAGACCAUCGCCAGGCGGUUCUCUGGGUGUCUCUCUCGGGCUAUGCGUGUAUGGUAACGGUGUCACGUCUGGGAUGAAUUCAACACGCCUCCGUGCCUCUGUGGAUCUAAAUUAGCCAGGAAUAUGAGCAGAAGAAGAGGAUAAGCAAGCGCGGCGGCUGGCUUCCUGCAGGAUUUUUUGUCCAGGCUUUUUUUGUUUUUCCGUGGACAUGCUUGGUCUAUGGAGCAGAGCUGAGCGAAGCUAGCUGGCCGACUGUCCGGCUAGCGCACCAUUUCCAGUCUUUUGGAUGAUUGUUUAGCUGAAGAGCUGAUUUAUUUUGGAUCAGCGCUACCUCCCACCCUGUGGUAAAGGAGUCAGCAUGGGGGAGCCCAGUCUGGACGACGCCAAUGUCAAGGUGGCUGUUCGUGUACGGCCCAUGAACAGGAGAGAAAAGGAACUAAACACUAAAUGUGUUGUGGAGAUGUUAAAGAACCAGACCAUCCUCCAUCCAGCGGUGACUAAUCUGGGCAAAGGAGACUCCAGGAGUCAGCCCAAGGUCUUUGCCUAUGAUUACUGUUUCUGGUCCAUGGAUGAGACGGAUAAGGAAAAUUUUGCCGGUCAGGAGGUUGUGUUCCAGUGCCUUGGGGAAAGUCUUCUCCGCAAUGCCUUCCAGGGCUACAAUGCCUGUAUCUUUGCCUAUGGACAAACUGGUUCAGGAAAGUCGUACACCAUGAUGGGUUCAGUGGACCAGCCUGGGCUGAUUCCCCGGCUUUGCAGUGCUUUGUUUGAUCGAACCCAGAAGGAGCAGCGGGAGCAGGAAAGUUUCACAGUUGAGGUUUCCUACAUGGAGAUCUACAACGAAAAGGUCCGCGAUCUGCUGGAUCCCAAAGGGGGCAGACAAACUCUGAGGGUGAGGGAACAUAAAGUUUUGGGUCCCUAUGUGGAUGGCCUCUCUCGGCUAGCUGUGGCUAGCUACAAGGACAUUGAGUCUCUGAUGUCAGAGGGGAAUAAGUCUCGAACUGUCGCCGCAACCAACAUGAACGAGGAGAGCAGUAGAUCACACGCUGUCUUCAACAUCAUCCUCACACACACACUAAAAGAUUUGAAGUCUGGGACGAGUGGUGAAAAGGUGAGUCGGUUGAGUCUGGUAGACUUGGCUGGAAGCGAACGAGCAGCAAAAACCGGAGCAGCAGGGGAACGGCUAAAGGAAGGAAGCAACAUUAACAAGUCUCUGACUACGCUGGGUCUGGUGAUCUCAGCGCUGGCUGAACAGGGAACCGCCAAGAACAAGAACAAGUUUGUUCCUUACAGAGACUCAGUCUUGACAUGGCUGCUGAAGGACUGCCUGGGGGGAAACAGUCGCACGGCGAUGGUGGCAACCGUGAGUCCUGCAGCUGAUAACUUUGAGGAGACGCUUUCGACGCUGCGCUACGCCGACCGAGCAAAGAGCAUCGUCAACCACGCUGUUGUUAAUGAAGACCCCAAUGCUCGCAUCAUCAGAGAGCUCCGAGAGGAAGUAGAGAAACUACGUGUGCAACUCACCCAAGCAGAGUCAUUGAAAGCUCCAGAGCUGAAAGAUCGUCUGGAAGAGUCGGAGAAGUUGAUUCAAGAGAUGACCAUUACUUGGGAGGAUAAGCUUCGUAAAACUGAGGAGGUUGCACAGGAGCGUCAGAAGCAGUUGGAGAGUCUGGGUAUUUCUCUCCAGUCUUCAGGGAUUAAAGUUGGAGACGAUAAGAGCUUUCUGGUCAACCUUAACGCCGACCCUGCUCUCAAUGAACUGCUGGUGUACUACCUGAAGGAACACACAAAGGUGGGCUCAGCAGACUCUCAGGACAUCCAGCUGUGCGGGAUGGGUAUCCAGGCAGAGCACUGCUUCAUCGACAUCACGGCAGAUGCUGCUGUCAUGCUCAGCCCCUACCUCAACGCUCGGACAUGUGUAAAUGGUUCUCCAGUAACCAGCGCUCUGCAGCUUCACCAUGGUGACCGAAUUCUCUGGGGAAACAACCACUUUUUUAGGAUCAACCUGCCUAAGCGACGUUCUCGUGCAGCAGAGGAUGAAGAUGGCGAGGGUGGCGUAAUGAAGAACAGUGGAAGCAGUGAGCAGCUGGAUGCAGACGGUGAUACUGCCAGCGAAGUGUCCAGUGAAGUCAGCUUUUCCUAUGAGUUCGCCCAGACGGAGGUCAUGAUGAAGGCUCUUGGCAACAACGACCCCAUGCAGGCAGUCCUACAGUCUCUUGAGAGGCAACACGAAGAGGAGAAGCGCUCCGCUCUGGAGCGACAAAGGCAGAUGUACGAGCAGGAGCUCCAGCAGCUGCGUCGGAAGUUGAACCCGGACCGUCUGUCUACCGGCCAGUCUGGAGCGCCGGUGUCCGGCCAGCAAGGGCCAGGACAGCAGUCUCACUACCGCAGCCUUGAGAGACUCAGUACAGGAGGCAUGAGCCAUUCGACCAGUGCUCAGAGCAGAUUGAAGCAGUGGAAUGAGGACAGGGAGGCGGUGUUGGUGAGGAGUUUGCGGAGGUUACGGGAGCAGAUAGUGAGAGCAAACCUCUUGGUCCAAGAAGCCUGUUAUAUCGCAGAUGAACUGGAGCGACACACCGAGUACAGGGUCACCCUGCAGAUCCCGUCAGACAACCUCAACGCAAACCGCAAGAGGGACGCUGUACUCAGUGAGCCAGCGAUUCAGGUUCGACGUCGGUGUCGAGGGAAGCAGAUCUGGAGUUUGGAGAAGAUGGAGAACCGUCUAGUGGACAUGAGGGAGCUGUACCAGGAGUGGCAGGACUACCAACUGCAUGACCAUGACAACCCUUUGAUGCGCUCAUAUUUCCGUCGAGCAGAUCCAUUCUUUGACGAGCAGGAAAACCACAGUCUGAUUGGAGUUGCCAAUGUCUUCCUCUCCUGUCUAUUCUACGAUGUUAAGCUGCAGUAUGCUGUUCCCAUCAUCAACCAAAAGGGGGAGGUGGCAGGGCGUCUUCAUGUGGAGGUGGUGAGGGUCGGAGGGGGUUUAGAGGACAACAUGGCUGGAGGAGAUGAACCUGACAACAGCCAAGAUGAAAUCCAGGACCGUAAAUUAGUCUGCAUGAUUAAGAUCCUGCAAGCUACUGGUCUGCCACAGUACCUGUCCAACUUCGUCUUCUGUCAGUAUUCAUUCUGGGACCAGACUGAGCCAAUCAUCGUGGCUCCUGAGGUAGACCCAUCGUCCUCAUCGCCCAGCACCAAGGACCCACACUGCAUGGUGGUGUUUGACAGCUGCAAGGAGUUGGCGGUCUCCGUAUCAGAGGAUUUCAUCGAAUACUUGACCGAAGGGGCGGUCGCCAUUGAGGUGUUUGGACACAGACAGGCUGAUGCAGGCAGGAACCCUGCCCUGUGGGACCUCAGCAUCAUUCAAGCUAAAACACGCACACUACGAGACAGGUGGAGUGAGGUCACACGUCGUCUGGAGCUGUGGAUUCAAAUCCUGGAGAUUAACGAGAACGGAGACUUUGUCCCCGUUGAAGUGGUUCCUGCUAGAGAUAUCUGCACCGGAGGAAUAUUCCAACUUCGGCAGGGUCAGUCGAGGCGGAUCCAGGUGGACGUGCGUUCAGUUCAGGACUCGGGCACCAUGCCUCUGAUAGCAGAGAUUGUGCUUGCGGUGUCGGUGGGCUGUGUGGAGAUCAGGCCCACCGUAACCAACCAGGAGGAAGAUGAGAUGGACAGUUAUCAGGAAGGAGAUCUGGAUCGAUUGCGACGUCAGUGGUUAGUUGCUCUCACCAAGAGACAGGAAUACCUUGACCAGCACCUGCAGAACCUGGUCAGCAAAGCAGAGAAAACAGAAGAUGACAUGGAGAGGGAGUCUCAGCUGCUGGAGUGGCGUCUAACUCUGACAGAGGAGAGAAAUGCUGUCAUGGUGCCCUCUGCUGGCAGCGGCAUUCCUGGAGCACCUGCUGAAUGGGUUCCUCUGCCAGGCAUGGAGACUCAUAUUCCUGUCCUCUUCCUCAACCUCAAACCUGAUGACCUCAGCUCUCAAGAACAGUUUGAGGUCCCUGAAGCUGGAGGCUGGGAUGCCACCUUGAGUGGAGAGGAUGAGGAUGAGUUAUUUGACCUACAGAUCGUCAAACAUUACGAUGGAGAGGUGAAGGCAGAGGCGUCAUGGGACUCCACCGUUCAUGAGUGUCCGCAGCUCAGUCGUGGGGGAGCUUGGCCGGAGCAGCGGGUAUACCUGACAAUUCGAGUAGUGGUUCAACUGAGCCACCCCGCCGACAUGCAGCUGGUGCUGAGGAAGAGGAUCUGCGUCAACGUCAACCCCGGGCGCCAGGGUUUUGCCCAAAACUUACUCAGAAGGAUGUCCACCCGCAGCACCAUACCCGGCUGUGGGGUCACCUUCGAGGUGGUCUCUAACAUCCCCGGGGACGCCCCCGGUUCAGAGGACAGAGAGAUGCUGGCCCGACUCGCCGCCAGCGCUCACAACAGCCAGUCAGGCGAUGAUGAAGCCGCCAUCGAGAAAUACCUCCGCAGCGUCCUCAGUCUGGAGAACAUCCUCACUCUGGAUAGACUCAGACAGGAGGUGGCAGUGAAGGAGCAACUGGCUUCAAGAGGGAAAAGCAACAGAAGGAGUCUAAGUUCUCCAUCUGUCCACCGGCUGUCAGGAAGUAGACAGGACCUGUCCACAACCUGCCUGCUGGAUGAUAAGGUUCGAUGGGAGAGCCAGCAGGACAUCUUCAUGCCCUCUCAAUAUCACCGCACACUCCCCCGACCUGCCUCCUCCCCUUCCACCUACUCCACCUCCCCUUCUUCAUCCCCUACUCCCUUCGCCUCGAGCCCACAGCAGAACCAGGAACCAGAGCAAGGUCGUUCAGGACUUGCUACCUCUUAUCUUUCAGUUAAGGCGCUGGUUCCUCAGAUGCCCAAACUGCUCAAGUCUCUGUUUCCAGCGCGAGACGAGAAGAAGGAGCUGAGACCGUCGCCACACAGCCAGCAGCACAUGCCUCGUAUCAUGCCGCCAUCAGGAGGGGACGACAACAAAGUGAAGUCUGAGACGGCUGCUAUUCUACGGCCCCCGACCAAAGACAGGCGGCCAGAGUUCCCAGAAGUCCCUCCUCUUCCUGUGCAUGACCCGCAUGACAUCACACCCCUCAGCCCCCUCAGCCAGUCGUCAAGCGGCUACUUCUCCAGUAGCGUUUCUACGGUUACCCUGUCCGACGUCCUCCAGCCCUCCUUCUCGUCCUCCUCCCUCCUGGCUGCUGAGGCUGCAUUACCCGCUAACCCCCAGCAGCAGAGCGCUGACAGGAACGAUGUAAUGACCUCUCCUUCUCAGUGUGGCGCCGAGACGGCCACCGCUCCUCCUCCCGCCACUUCCCACAGCUCAGCCAAUCACAACAAUGUGACCGCAGAAAACUCUUUCUCCAAACAGAAGCUGCUCAACUCAGGAGGAGGAGGCAGCGAAGGUUUUGAAAGGCUGGAGAUCUUUGUGGACGAUGAAGAGCGUAGCCAUGACGACGAGCUGCCCGAGUGGCUGACAGAAGGCGUGUAUGUUACAGUAGGGAGCAAUAAGGCGGGGACGGUGCGCUACGUGGGAACAACGCAGUUUGCUGAGGGAGUGUGGGUGGGGGUGGAGCUAGACACUCCUGUAGGCAAGAAUGACGGUUCAGUCGCAGGCCAUCGCUAUUUCCACUGUAAACUGGGUUACGGGGUGCUGGUCCGCCCGGACCGGCUCUCCUGCCGCGAUCGCACUAGUCGGAGGACGGGAGAGUUCUCAUCUUCAGCCCACGUCCCCAUCCUGCGAGGAGAAACCAUCGUUUCCCGCCGGGGGGAAAACCGCAAAUCCUGGAGCAGUUGAAACAGGGAAAACAAGGAGCUGGUUGGGAGAGAUGAACUCCCCAAAUUCCUCCUCCUCCUCCUCUCUUCUUCUUCUUCCUCCUCCCAGCUAUGCAACUGGCUCACACAUCAGAACUGAUAUACUGCCUACUGUAGUUGGAAACUACACUCACUACAUCCGCUUGCGGUUAACGGAUGGAAAUAAAAUCUUUAUGAUAAAGACAGUAAAGAAACUAUAUAGAGCGAAUGCAAGCAAGUCAGUGACAGACUAUGCAGAGUAUAUAGAAGUCCAGAGAAGGACUAUUUAUCAUAACUACGGUAAGUGGAAAGAUGCUAAAUGAACAGCAGUCAGUGGGAAGACUGCUGAGAGUGAAUGGAAGUCGGUGCAGACGUCAUAUUGGGAGUGUCGGAGCUCUCCUGGGUUGUGGAUCGGAUGCCUCAGGGCUGCUUCCUACACACAGGGAUGCAAACUAUUCCCAGUUUACCCAGACGUGGUUUUUUUCAGCAUCUGUGAACCGUCUAAAUUUGAAGAUUAUAAUUUAAAUGAGGAGGUUUAUUAUAGAGCAGCAUAAUAAACACGUUUAUCAGCAUAAAAAAAAAAUCAAUUUUUUUCCAAUUGGAUGCAGGCAGAUGCUCUGAUUCGUCUCCACAUUUUCUUUCAUAAUGGAGAUCAUUCAUUGUGAGGAACUCUACUAAAAAUAUCAAGAACAAUGAAGCUGUGCUGAAAAAAGCUCCAACCUCAAAUCACAGCAGUUAAACUGACUGUGAUGUGUUUGCAUCCCUGCAUACGGGACACCCAAUCUGUUCGCCAGAUGUCCCAGAAUCCCCCUGCCCGCCCCCCCCCCCCGAACUCUGCAGGUCCAGUGUGCGGACCAGCACUUCAGCUCAUCUCUUGAGACUCGUCUCUCCCUCCUGGACUCCCCAUUUCUUUAAAAAAAACAAAAAAGACGGAUCCUCCCAGAAUGUGCCUUCACCGCGGCUCGGUUUGCAUUCGUUCUCUACAUAUUUAAUUUCUAUUAGCUGUGUUUGUGUUUAAGAGAAUGCCUUGUGCUAAGUGUGAGGUGAUCUCAGGGACUGCAGAGGGGAGGGGGGAAAGGACACGAAGGUGUGCAUGUGUAUGUGUAUGUGUGUGUGUGUGUGUGUGUGUGUAUUUGUAUAUGUUGUACAGUGUUGCCCUGUGUGCACAAAUAUGGUUUAAGUUGUGUUAAUGUUAAAAAACAAUGCGGAGCAGGAGAAGCCACUGUGGGAGUGAGUACUUGCUUGUACUGGGAGGCUUUAAAAAGUAAAAAUGUUUGCACUGGAGACGUAGGAUGAGAAGCUGUCUGUACGUGAACAGUUUGGUGUCGAAGUCAAGAUGCAGUGAAAGACGGAGAGGUGUUCAUAAUGUGUUUACAGAUUCCUCGAAACCAGCCUCGGUCAUGCGAAGACAGUGCAUUCGCUGCCAUCUGGACGUUGGCUGAUGACAUUUGGACACCAGGAGGCGCCGUGAGAGAGCGGAUCUGUCAGUGGGAGGAAAAAGGCAGGUGUACUAGUGAGGAGAAGAAAGUGAGACUUGAUUUGCUUCUAUGCAGUCGAUCAGUUGUUCUUUUUAAAGAAGCUAGAUUUAAUCUUUAAUUUCAAAAUGAUUGACAGGAGUGGGAGAAGGAGACGUAUGGAGCCGUGUGUUGGGAAAGUAUUAAUCAUAAAGGCAUUUCUGGCUGGUUUAUUCCUGUCACGUCUGGUGAGGAAAAUGCAAGAUGAUAUGGCAGACUUUGCUUUUUUUCUUUUUUUUAAAUUAGAUUUUUUUCACAUUUCACAUUCCAGAUGGUCUUAAACAUUUUAUAGCAAUAUUAUACCAUUGUAUUUAUUCAUGGAAAGCACGGACAGUUUCAUACUGUAUGAAUUCUAUCAGGCACUCAGUCAGCUUUACAUGUACAAGUGAGGUGAGUAUCUUCUGUAGCUCAGGAGGGAGAGCAAUAAAGUCUAAUCUCCCCUGAUGAUGAGUGGAGAGCUUGAUAAACGUGGGCUUUUAUCAGGUGGGGUAGGAUCUACCAAAAGAUGUGAUCAAGUUGCAUCAUGGGAAAUGUAGGAUCUAGUGUUACCAGUGAGCUGGGCUCAUAAGUCAGCCUCUGCUACUUUGAUUCAGACUUAUUUUUGUAUCGGUCUCUCUGUCUAUCUGUAAGUGUUGCAGCUGUGAGCUCAGAGGAAGGUGUUAGGAGUCAUGCGCCGUUGUCUCACCAUGUGAGCAGUAAGCGUGUUCUGAUUGGUCGAUUUUAAUGAUGGAAAAUGAAUAUUUCAACAUUAUUUGGGAUGCUUAAAUGUUGUAUCCUCAUAUCCUGAUGAUGACAAACCUGAACGUGCUAGUACACAUGUUAUCCAUGUCGUCUAAUGCAGGUCUGUAUCUGUAAGCUGUUUCUAUGAUGACAUUUAGUUUAUACUGUCUAAAAAUGACGACGCAUAGAAAUACAUUAUCUGGAAUAGAGCGUGCAUGUAAAAAGCGCUCAGUAUGUCCAAACACUAUCAUCUUUAUCAGAUAUGUUUUUCCAUUCCUUCUUAUCAACACGUCCUCUUAAUCCGAGAGGCGUGAAGUUAACUAUUUAUAUUUAAACGCUUGUACACAUGCCUUUAUCGCAUGAAAAUUGAUAAUUAAAAAAAAGAAAGAAAGCUUUUUUAUAUUUUAAUAAAUGUUGCACAAAUGAUUCUAUGUAAAUUGCUGCUAUUAGCGCUGUAAAUGAACCUGUAAACAGAUCAGUCGAAUCAUGGAAUCGUAUCUUACUGUAUGCUAGAUUUGGAAUUCAAAUAGUUUGGGGGUUUUUUAAAUCCCAGAAGGAGAAACUAAACUUUGGUUCGGUGACCAAUGUAUUUUUUAUGAAGCAGUAAAAUUCCUUUUUAAAAAAAGAGGCACUUUGUCAUGCGAGCCUUGAAGAAGAGAUGCUUCCUGCGUUGAUUUAUAAGGAGGAAACGACGAGAGGAGAGGAACUGAUAUAUCACCAUUAGUUUAUUAUGUGUGUAUUUAUUAUUAUCCAGUAUCAUCAUGGCCUUAAAGCCCGGGGACCUUGGAGUUCUUUGAUUGGUUGGUUACUGUAGGUUGUCAGUUGGCUGGUUUGUGAAGUGGCUUGUUGGUUAUUUUAAUAUGAUAUUGUGGUUCAUAACAGUUAUGUGGUAAUAAAGGAAAGGAGUAGUGUUGUUUGUGUGUGUGUUUGGGCGUGUGCAUGUGAAUGUUGGGUGGACCAGGUUUCGAUUCAGUCGUGUCCACGCCUUUGCCAAGAUGGGGGAAUGACCACCAGCUGCCACGGUUACGAAUUUCUAACACACAAACAAGGAGCGACACACCUCCCACACGUCCUGCUGGUGGACUUUCCCAUCCUGGCGUUAGCACCCGGGCAAAGUUUCAAGGGGUUUGAGAUCACUUCAGGCUUCUGGAUGUUCCUUUAUGUUGUUGUGCCUCAGAAACCAUGUGACCAUUGUAAUCUCCCCACACACUGUUUUCAUAUCAAUGCUUCACUUCAUUUGCACACAAAAAAACUUGUAUGUAAGAUGGGGAAGGAAGAAAAAAAUACAACCUUGAUUUUUAUAAUUCAAUGUUCUCAAGUUACCUGUUCUUUGAAUUUCACUUAAGUUCAUUUUUUUCUCUCUCUAAACAUUUCAAAGCAAUAUUCUUCACCAAUAAGCUACCUUUCAAGUUAAAAUAAAAACCUGAUUGAAUUGUGACGUAGCAGAGCUCUCCACACAGUUUCAGCAUCAUAAACACAUUUCUUUAUUAGAUGAAGUGUGAUGCUGACAUUAGAUGGAAAAAAAAGCUUGCUUGCAAGGCUGUGUGAUGCACAUGAUCCACAGUCAUUUUCAAUAAGGAACUGUAAAAAGAGGAAAACUAUCAUUAGUAAUAUAACGCUCAGAACGGACUGGAUAUGACCUCAUUCAGUGUUUCAAUGAGUGUAUCAACCAUCAGAACCACAUUUACUUCUGUUUUUAUUGAUGUGAUUUUGUCCGAGCAUUUCCACACUGCAUAUUAAUCUGUACAACUCUUCUGCUCCCCCCAGAAUGUUGUUUUUUCUCUCUCUCUCUCUCUCUCUCUCUCUCUCUCUCUCUCUCUCUCUCUCUCUCUCUCUCUCUCUCUCUCUCUCUCUCUCUCUCUCUCUCUCUCUCUCUCUCUCUCUCUCUCUCUCUCUCUGUCUCUCUCUCUGUCUCUCUCCCUCUCUCUCUCUCUCUCUCUCUCUCUCUCUUCUUUACUGUUUUAUUUCUGUCACUUUCUUUUAUUGUCUUAAAUGCUCCUGUUUUGCUCAGAUAUUUGAUCCUGUAUCUUUGCUCUGCUGCAUUUCCUGCAUCUCUGCCAACUUUGGGAUCACUCUUCUGGAGCUAAAUAUCCUACACCACCCCCUCCUCCUCCUCCUCCGCCUGCCUUAAUGUGGCCUUCCACCUGGAGCAAAACUGGUUAUAGCAGCUCUCUCUAACUAAAACACAUUACUGUUAAACAGUGUCGUUGUUUUAAAAAAGGAACAUAAAAAUAGUUCCAUCUUCCAAAAUAUUUAGUCAUGAGUCAUUUGGAGCUGUCAGGUUUUAUUACUGCCUUUUCAACCGGAGGGAAGGUCACCACAUCGCUCCUUGGAGGCUGCUGUCGAAUCUCAAGAGAGGAGGGAAAAAAAGGCCAGCUUCCACACAGGGAA